AACUCGACUGUGUUAAAUUCAACCAUGGCCGUGCCUUUUAUAAACCAAGAUUCGGGUAUUCUCGCCAUGGUCGAGGAAGGAGAAGAUCAAGCCCCUCGAGGAAAUACACUGAAACUGUGGGGUAACCAACAAACCAUGAAUCUCAACACUAUGGUGUACACCAAUAUCGUACAGUCCCCCUACUUCAAAGCUAACCUGAUCGAAUUGAGGACAUAUCACGAAGUGAUUGACGAAAUAUAUUACAAAGUCGAACAUUUGGAACCAUGGGAACGGGGUAGCCGUAGAGUUGGUGGACAGUCCGGUAUGUGCGGAGGAGUCCGCGGAGUUGGUGCUGGAGGAAUUGUGUCCACAGCCUUCUGCCUCCUGUAUAAGCUCUUCACGCUCAAACUCACUCGAAAACAAUUGAAAGGCUUACUAGACCAUCCUGAUUCCCCCUACAUCCGUGCCCUCGGUUUCAUGUACAUAAGAUAUUGUUUACCUCCAGAGGACUUUUGGUGGUGGUACGCACCGUAUCUGGAUGAUACAGAGGAAAUAGACGUCAAAGCCGGUGGUGGGAGUAUGAUGACUAUCGGCUCAAUGAUCCAGCAUUGGCUCACCAAGUUAGACUGGUUUGGAACACUGUUCCCUCGUAUUCCCGUUCCCGUGCAGAAAAAGCUCGAGGAGAAGUUGCGUGCUCAUGGUCCAGCUCCAACGCUGCAAGGUCCAAUAGCUCCCACGGCUCAUAAGGUUAUCAGUCAAAGUGUUCGUGAGAUGGACACGAGUAACCAUAAGAAGCAUGGACAUUCUCACAAAAGCAAACACAGUGAUCGUGAACGUCAUCGGCAUCAUGGACGCAGAUCCCGCUCUCGAUCUCAUGAACGUCGACGGUCAAAUUCCCCACGCGGACGAGAAAGUUCGUUCGAGCGAGAUUUGAAACGUGCCCGCGAGAGACAAGAACGUGAUAGACGCCGAAGCAGAAGCUAGUUUUCAAAGCUAGAGUUUACCGGACCUUUAACUUUUAAGGCCACCAUUCUGCGAUUACGCUCUUGUAUAUUGCAUUUUUGUCCCCCUGCGUAAAACCGGAUGGAUUUACCCAAUUGUAUUCCCCAUUUAUUGUAUGAUAAAUUUCUGUUACCAG